AAUUGCCCGCCCGGCCCACUCAAUUUCCAUUUUCCAUUUUUCAAUUUUCGGGUGGGGGGGUUUUUUUUCCUACGGUUUGUCUUUUCCGGCCGCCGCAGACUGGAUUCCUCCGUCUCACUUUACUCUCCUCUACCUCAUAUUUCAUAUUCUGAAGCUCUGUAUCAGUGCUACGGAUUAGUGAUUAUACGCAGCGCACAAUCGGCGCAUUUCUCCACAUCAUACUGUGGGCAAUUUGAUCACAUUCCCGUCUCGACAUCGGUCCUUGCGCUACCCCGCAACUGUCGCCAUGUCUGCUUCUGCUCUUCCAUUGCAGCGUGCUCCCGUUGAGGAUGACACUCGCUCGCUCUCCUCUGAGGAAUCCGACAUCAGCAAUGAAGAAGGAUGGGAAGAUGUUGAGCCUGAUGACGAAACCCAGCCCGUCGUCGGUCUUUUCUCCGACAAAGUGUAUCCCGAUGUGGUUUCCAUGUUGAAGGAAACUAAAGACAAGCACAACUUUGACUUGCGAGGAAUUCGAAAGCAGUUUGACUUGGACUUCUUGGGCACUAUCAAGCUCGUCAACUACAUUCGCUCCCAGGUCAAGCAGGGUAAUAUGUCGCCUGAUGUCUCCUCGAAGGAUAAGUUCGACGACGAACUCUACUUGAUGCCCGUCCUCGAAGACGAUGCUCUACUGUACAGCUUGGAUGAUAUCGACGAGGAAGAGCCUGAGGCUGCAGGAAGUACGGACGCCGAAAGGCGCGUGAUCGAAUUGCAGGAGGAUCUUGAGCGCCUCCAGACUCAAUUCUCUGAAUAUAGAGAUGCGGUUCAGAAGUCCAUGGAAGAGCAAUUAUCCAAGGAGGAUGAGAAGCUCAAGGCCGAUCCGAGUGCUCCUGCUGCGCGGCGAGCUACGAGCAAAAUUGAGGAAGCUGAUGCCGAUUAUUUCGUUUCCUAUUCAUACAAUGGCAUUCACGAGUCCAUGCUGAAGGACACAGUCCGCACUGAAGCUUACCGGGACUUCAUCUACGAAAACAAACAUGUUUUCAAGGACAAGGUCGUCUUGGAUGUUGGUUGUGGAACCGGAAUCCUUUCGAUGUUCUGUGCCAAGGCUGGUGCUCGUAAAGUCAUCUCCGUCGAUAACUCGAACAUCAUCGACAGAGCCAAGGAGAUCAUUUAUGAGAACGGUUUUGGGGAUGUCAUAACGUGUAUCCGUGGCAAGAUUGAGGAAGUUACAUUGCCCGUUCCGCAGGUGGAUAUCAUCGUGUCUGAAUGGAUGGGCUACGGCCUUCUGUUCGAGGCUAUGUUCGAUUCGGUAAUCUAUGCUCGGGACCGCUAUCUUGCACCUGGAGGCCUCAUGGCUCCGUCGCAUGCUACGCUCCGGAUCGCCCCAUUCGCUGACUCCGAAUUCAUUUCAUCGCACAUUACUUUCUGGAAGAGUGUCUACGGUUUCAACAUGAAGAGCAUGCUUACCGGUAUUUACGACGAGGCACUUGUCCGUCAUGUACCGCCAUCAUCAAUUCCCGGAGAUUCUGAUGUUUUCCUGCCUCUUCCCUUGCAUACUAUCACUGUCGAGGAACUAUCCUUCCUGAAGGACUUCAAGGUCACUCUGAACGAAGACAUUGACGCACUUGAUGGCUUCGCUAUCUGGUUCGACAUCUUCUUUAUGCCUUCCAGAGACGCUCCUCUUGCGGACAAUGCCAUCCCCUCUGAGAUGCAGAAGAAGGGCAUUGUUUCUUUUACCACUGGCCCUCACGGCACUGAAACGCACUGGCAGCAAACCAUCUGCCUCAUCGACCAGGAGAAGAAGAAGUCUGCUCCUCUUAAGAAGGGCCAAACGAUCACUGGUAAGGUCGGUUAUCAAAAGAAGGAGGCAGGCUCACGGUCAUUGGACAUCAGCAUUGAGUGGGACACCGAGAACGAGAAGGGUUCUCAGCUGUGGAGUUUGCAGUGAGUCCAAGAUGAGUAGUGGCCAACCGUUAUGAUAUACGAUACUUUCCAGUAAGCUUUUCGCUGCGGUUAGGUAUCAUACUAGUGUUCGCAUCGAUCACGAACUUUCCUGGCGUAAGACACUAGCUUUCCGUACUCCGCUGUAUUGGUAAUAGAUAAUG